UGCGCUGUGUCCCUCGGAUCGGAUCACCGAUCAAUGGAAAGAGCCGAAGAUGUUGGCUUGGUCAUGUGAUCAGCUGUGUCCAAUCACAGCUGAUCACAUCAGUGCCACCUGUCAGUGUCCAUCAGUGCCAGCUCUCUGUGCUCAUCCAUGCCAACUGCCAGUGCCACAUCAGUGCCACAUUUCAGUGCCUACCAGUGCACAUCAAAGCCACAUAUCAGUGCCCAUCUGAGUUGCCUUUCAGUGUCACCCAUCAGUUCCAGUCAGUGCCACCUAUCAGUGCUGCCAAUCAGUGCCACUGAUCAGUGCCAGUCAGUGCUGACUAUCAGUGUGCAUCAGUGCCGCCUAUCAGUGCCCGUCAGUGCUGCCUAUCAGUGCCGCCUAACAGUGCCAGUCAGUGCCACCUAAUAGUGCCAGUCAGUGCCGUCUAUCAGUGCCAGUCAGUGCCGCCUAUCAGUGACGCCUAUCAGUGCCAUAAUCGAGUUCUGCCUUUU